AUGCAGCAAGAAUGUGUCUCCAAGGAAAUCCAGGAAACCACACUCCGCGCUAUCUACGGCAGCAAUAUGAUUGAGCGUGCAGGGCUUGGCUGGGAAAUCACCGCCUCACUAUGCCGCAAGGUCUUCGCUGGUGAGGAUGCCGAUGAGGUGUCUUUGGAUGACCUCUAUCAUCAAGAACCGGGUCUUCGCGAGCUACCACCUCAGAAUGUCCUCAGGGGUCGCAAGGAGAUCGUUCAACACGCAAAAGCCUUCCAAUACCUCAUUCACGCAUUCAUCGUUGAGAAUCAAGAUCUCACCGAGGAAUUAAUUAAGACAACACACAAGAUACUUUCAGAGGGUAUACCAAUUAUUGAGCCAGAUAUGCCGGACGUUCCCGCAGAGAAAUAUGGUGGGAUAUAUCGGACUGUUAUUGUUGGUGCGGGAACAACGAAUUUUACUGUUCCAAGCUUCGUUCCAGCGAAAAUGAAGGACAUGUGCGAUAGCCUUGUACAAGAAUUGGCUACGGCGGAGAAAGAAAACGUCAUUGAUCCCUUUUCAAUCGCCGCCAAGUACUCGCUUGAGUUCGUAUCAAUUCACCCUUUCCAGGAUGGUAACGGCAGAGUAUGCCGCAUGAUUCUCAACGCCAUUCUUUGCCGAUAUGCCGGCAUCAUCGUCCCAAUUGGCGAACAAGCUGAAGAAAGGGAGGAGUACAUGGAUAUUAAGAGGCGAGCAAGUCAGGAGAUGGAAGGGCACGGCGAAUACGCGACUUUCGUUUUGCAAAAGGCAGUCACGCGUCUUCGAGAGAUGAAGAAAAAGGUAGCAGGCAAGGCAAAGACCGCAAAGAACGCCAUAGAUAAUAAUUGA